AUCUAAAACUUAUUUGUGAGUGGGGUUUCGAUGGCAGCUCGGGACACAGUCUAUAUAAGCAAAAAUUUGAAUCGGCAUCUAAUACAGAUGAAUAUAUGUUUUUAACAGCAUUGGUUCCAAUAAAAUUAGUUGAUAGCUGCAAUAAUGUAAUCUGGUCUAACCCAAAAACAAAUUCUACGUUUUACUGCAGACCCAUCAAGUUCGCUUUUAUAAAAGAAAAUCCUGAAGUUGUUCGUCAAGAAGAAAAUGCCAUGGUUAUGUCUGUAAACGAGUUGAAAGUUUAUACUACUUCAAUUGAAAAUAAAGAUUUAAGUAUUUCCUACGAGAUGAUUUUGACUAUGUUUGAUGGAAGUAUAGCAAAUAUUUUGUCCGAAACAAACUCAUGUUCAAAAUGCAUCAUUUGUGGAGCCACUCCCAAAGAAAUGAACUCUGAUACGGUUUUAGAUAAAUCUCCAGUAACCCAAAACUAUCGUUUUGGCAUAUCAACUCUCCAUUGCUGGAUCAGGUUCUUUGAGUGUUUGUUGCAUAUUGCAUACCGGUUGCCAAUUAAAACUUGGCAAGUGAAAGGCGCAGAAAAUAAAGCAAUUACAGAAAACACAAAAAGGACCAUCCAGGAGAAUUUUAAGAGCAAAAUGGGUCUUAUAGUUGAUAAGCCAAAGCCAGGAUAUGGCUCCACAAAUGAUGGCAAUACUGCCAGGCGUUUUUUUCAAAAUCCUGUUUUAAGCUCUCAAAUAACCGGAAUCGAUAAAGAACUAAUUGAAAAAUUUCAUUUAAUUUUAAGAAUUUUGGCGUCUGGUUGUAACAUCGAUAUAACCAAUUUUCGCAUUUUGCUAAAUGACACUCGUAGGUUAUACUUACAUUUAUAUAGCUGGUACUAUAUGCCAAGUUCGGUGCACAAAGUUCUUGUGCAUGGCUGUGACAUAAUUGAUUUUUUUGAAUUGCCUAUUGGGCAACUUGCGGAAGAUGCUUUAGAAGAAAGGCACAAAGAAUUCAGAAAAAUCAGAUUAUGUAACAGCCGAAAAACUUCACGGGUAAAUGCCAACACCGAUAUAAUUUCAACUCUUUUACUGACCUCUGACCCAGAAUUAUCUUCUUAUAGACAAUCUACUAAAAAAAAUAAAAAUAUUUUGUAUGAUAAUAAAAUAAAAGAGUAUAUAAUUAUUGAGAAUUCUCAGAACACACUGGUAGAAUCUGUUUUUGGCUUAGAGCUAUCUAGUUCCUUAAGUAGUGAUGAUGAUCAGUCUGACUAG